AUGGAUGCAAGAAAACUAUCCACUGCGGGCGAUAGUCUCUAUCUAAUAUUACAAGUCCCUAAAACCGCAACGGCAGAUGAUGUCAAGAAAAGCUAUCGGAAAUUAGCACUUAAAUAUCACCCGGACAAAAAUCCUAACAACCCUGAAGCAUCUGAAAAGUUUAAAGAAGUAAAUAGGGCCAAUACGAUCUUAAGUGACGCUACCAAAAGAAAUAUAUAUGAUAACUAUGGCUCUCUCGGUCUCUACAUUGCCGAGCAAUUUGGGGAAGAAAAUGUCAACGCCUAUUUCGUCGUCACAAGUACAUGGUGCAAAGCAUUAUGUGUCGUGUGUGGUAUAUUGACUGGUUGUUACUUUUGCUGCUGUUUGUGUUGCUGCUGUAACUGCUGCUGUGGCAAGUGCAAACCUCGUCCACCAGAAGAGUCUGGAGACUACCACACGCUGGAGCGAGAUGACUCAGAUGGAGUGCAGCCAGUAACUUCACAACCGGGACCUGAACGCCGUCCCACGGGUGACCAGGCACCACCUAUAGUGCUGCCUGCGCCAUCGGCUCCUGGGGUCUCGGAAAAUACUGGCCUCAAUACAGGUGGGGUAAAUUACGGCAUUUCACACUAA